UUAAGCUUGUGGUCACGCUGCACAUGUAUUGUGGCGAUACAAACCCAAAUUUUUUUUAGCGUUGCUUAGCUAUUCAAUUAAAAAAAUGUCAUACUUACUUACUGAAAUUGCCUUAGAAAUGUUAGGCUAUAAAUUUUACGAUACGAAUGGAGAUUUUCAUUUAACGAACUUCCAGCAUUCAAUGACUGCUGUAAAAAGCGAUUUACAUUCUGAUGAACCAUCCUUAAUGGAUUUUAUUCACCAGACAUCGAAUACCGAAUCCGAAUCGAGUAUAAUAUGUGGACAAAGCAAAGAUACGUAUGAACCGUCUUCUCUAGAUCCGUCAACUAAGUCGUUGAUAUCAGUUGACUUACGGAGAGCACCUGCUAGAGCGUUGGCAAAGAUGAUGAAGCAUGAAAGUGGCAAAAUCUUCAAUGAUUUUACAAAAAGGAAUUCCAGAAAAUUCAGUAAUUCUGGUACUUCUGAAGCAAUAUCUAAUAUGACGGCAGUUCCAGCGACCAAGUCUCGUACUUCAGCCAAUGCAUUGUCUAACAUUAGACUACGAAAUCACAACUAUUCGAGGCCAAAUAUCACAACGCCUGGAAGCAUCUUUGCAGAAAAGCGUAACUUCAAACAAAGAAAUAUUUCACAGACAUUGCUGUUCAGUGGAAAAAAUAAAAUUAUAGAGGACGCUAAUGGAAUGAAGAAGUUUCGAUUAAUUUUGGAAGAACGCCUGCGUCGAAUUGAUUCUCGUCCAUAUGCAACAUACAAAAGAACAUUUGGAUUAGAAUAGUUGAAUAAA